GAGAUAUGAAGUUGUAUGCUGCUUAUGAAGAAGCCAAGACCAUGGGAGUUUGAUCAUGAUUAUGAGGAUAUUUUGGAGCUAACCUUCUAGAAGAGCAUUCUUGAUGCCAUGGGGAUUCUCUUCAUUAAAACAUUGGUGUUGGUCACCUGCUUUGUUGAACUCUUCUCCUGUCACCAUCCAGGCAUCUCUUUGGGUGGGAAAGAACCCCGUUCCCAAAAAACAAAUUUCAUAAUAAUUUUAGCAGAUGAUAUCGGAUGGGGAGACCUUGGCAGCAACUGGGGCAAACGAAAAGACACUCCUAACUUGGAUAAGAUGGCAAUGGAAGGAAUGAGAUUUGUAGAUUUCCAUUCUGCUGCAUCCACCUGCUCCCCAUCUCGUGCCUCUCUGCUUACAGGACGUCUUGGCCUGCGCAACGGAGUGACCCACAAUUUUGCUGCGACAUCAGUGGGUGGCCUCCCAUUGAACGAGACAACAUUAGCUGAAGUUCUGAAGAAAGCUGGCUACCUUACUGCUGCAAUAGGCAAAUGGCACUUAGGACACAAUGGUCUCCAUCAUCCCAGUUUUCGUGGUUUCGAUUAUUACUUUGGGAUACCCUACAGCCAUGAUAUGGGGUGCACUGACACACCAGGCUAUAACUUGCCUCCCUGCCCUGCUUGCCCUCGGCACUCUACCACCACCAGCAGCCACCCGAGAGAAUGUCAUUCUGAAGUGGCACUUCCACUCUUUGAAAACCUUACUAUCAUCCAGCAGCCUGUGAACCUAACUAGCAUGGCUACAAAGUAUGCAGAUAAAGCGACACAGUCUGUCCAGCGUGGCCACCCAUUCUUCCUGUACUUGGCCCUGGCCCAUAUGCACGUGCCUUUGGUAAUGACAGAGCCGCCCUGCAAUCUGUCUUGUCAAGAUCCAUAUGGAGCAAACCUGAGGCAGAUGGAUGCCCUGGUGGGACAAAUAAAGGCCGAAGUUGAUAGCAUUGCAAGGGAAAACACAUUCCUCUGGUUCACAG